AUGGCGCUGCUGGCAUGCAUCUUGCCGGCGCACCCAGCAGCAGCCAGGUCGCUCAGCAAAGGCCAGAAGCCCUACCGCACAGCGCCGGGGCGCCUCAUCGUCAAGCUGCGCCCCGAUGUGGUCGCCGCCAUGGAUGAUGGCGCCAACGGCCUGCGCUUCACGCGCCAGGCUGGGCUCCCCAACGCCGGCGUGUACAGCAUCCUGGACGGCUCGGACGUGCAUGCCAAGGCGAGGGAGGUGUCCCAGCUGCCAGCCGUUGAGUUUGCUGAGCCGGACUAUCUGGUGAGAGUGGACUGGGUGCCCAACGACAGCCUGCUCAAGGCGCAGUGGCACCACAGCACCAUCAGCAGCCAGGUGGCGUGGGACGGCAGCAGGGGCAGCGGCGAGAUCAAGGUGUGCCACAUUGACAGCGGCAUCCGUACAGACCACCCCGACCUGGCAGGCCGCGUCUUUGCCGGGUGGAACCUGGACUUUGAUGCUGACAGCCCCUCCCCCGACUCCCCAGCCUAUAAGGACAUCAACGACACAUACGGCCACGGCACCCACACCGCCGGCAUCAUCGCCGCCGUCGGCAACAACGCGCUGGGCGUGGCGGGUGUGGCCAUGGAUGUCAAGCUGCUGGUGUGCCGCUUCAUCUGGGACGACGGCUUUGGCAGCAUCAGCGAUGCGCUUGAGUGCCUGCGGCUGUGCCGCGAGGAGGGCGCCACCGUCAGCACCAACAGCUGGGGCGGCGUGCCGCAAUCGAAGGCCAUCGACGCUGCGCUUCGGGAGAUCAAGGCCGCCGGCAUGCUGUUUGUGGUGGCUGCCGGCAACCAGGGCACAGACCUGGAUGCCCGCCCCGCCUUCCCCGCGUCCUCAGAGAUGGACAACAUGAUUGUGGUGGGGGCCAGCACGCGAGCCGACGACCUUUCCUCCUUCUCAAACCAUGGCCGAUCCACGGUUCACAUGCUGUCGCCGGGCGAGCAGAUCCUCAGCACCACGUACAACAACUGGUAUGGGGCCAUGGAUGGCACCUCCAUGGCCUGCCCCCUAGUCGCUGCCUCGGCAGCGCUGCUGCAAAGCGCAGCGUUGAGCCAAGGCGUUCAGCUGUCGUACGAUCAAGUCAAGAGGCUGCUGCUGAGCACCGUGGACCCCAGCCCCGGCAAGGGAGCCACCGCCACCAUCACGGGCGGGCGGCUGAACAUCGGGGCCGCCAUGCAGGCGCUGAGCCUCCUGCUGCAGCAGCAGGGGCAGCCAGCGCUGCCGGGCAUGGCGCUGGAGGCGGCCGCACAAGACGACCUGCGGCGCACAAUGCUGCAGAAUGAAUGGGGCCAGGAGCUGCUUCAGGCGGGAGGAGAUGGCUCAGAGGACGAUCCUGAUGUGGAGUCCUCCUCUCUCUCCGCAACGGAGGAGCAGGAGCAGCAGCAGCAGGAACCGGAUGAAGAGCAGGCGGAGGAGGCGGAGCCGCUGUCUGAAGCUAGCCGAGCAGAGGGCCGUCGGCGGCUCAAGGAUAGGCUGUUCCCGCCGGCGGGCUAG